GCAGGUCGAACUGCACCAGCGAGAAGCAGUGUCCGAGGCUGACCUGUCCGAAAUCGGCGGCCGUCGAAGUCGAGGGACAAUGCUGCAGGGUGUGUCGCGAGCAGAGCGCCGAGAUAGUAGCGUCGACGACGGCGGGUACGUCGGCGCCGACAUCGUGCGAUUAUUACGGACGCACGUACGCUGACGGAGAGACGUUUCCGACGAACAGUACGGCGCUGGUUGCGCGCAAGAAGAACCAGUGCGUGCAGUGCGCGUGUACGAACAAGCGUGUGUUGUGCCAUUUGAAAACUUGCCCGGAGUUGAAAUGUCAUCGGCAAAUUUAUCUAUCGAGUGACUGUUGCCCGGUGUGUCAUGACAUGGAACGUACGAGCGAGAUAAAAUCGGGGGAUCUGGACCCACCGCUACUCGUUGUCAAUGAAAAACUUCGGGAAUCUUCCGAUAGCAGUGUUCACAGCGGUUGCCUGUCUGGGGGAAGAAUUCAUGCGAACGGUAGUUCCUGGCAUCCCAUUGUCGGUUCGUUUGGCGAAAUGGUUUGCGUCACAUGCAAGUGUAUGAACAGUAGAAUAUCGUGCAGCAGGAGAGUGUGUAGACCCGACCACGAGCUUCCUUGUCAGAAGCCAUUCCUGCUUCCCACCAGAUGCUGCAAGACAUGUCUAUCUGAAAUGGACAACAACGUCGUGUCCCGUAACGGAUCGAGGUCGAACGCUCCAGCUGCUAAUACUGCCAGAGAACGGACAUCGCGUAAACUACGAUGCGUGCCGAGGCGGCACGACGUACUAGUAUAUAGUCGUGCCUGUGACGGCAGCUACUGCCUGCAGCUAGGGCUGCUCCUUCCGUCACGCAACUCGCUAGAGAUGCACACCAUCAACAUGACGAAGGGCUUCCAACACAAGCAGAUCGGAGGUCAUCCAGGAAGCUCUACGGGAAAACCUCCCGAUCAUUUUUCCCUGUUAGGAUCCACUCUACAGAAAAGGACGGUGAGGUUUUAUUCAAAACUGAGAAAAACUAAAAGGAAAUGCAAUAAACGGAGAAAGCGUUGCCCGCCCAAGUACAUGGAGCGUCUCGUGAGCGCACUGAAGGCGAAGAGAAUUCGGAAAAAGAUCAAGUGUCAUCGAAAAGAGAUCAGCCUGGCGGAUAUGUUGCACCGGCAAGCAGUCUAGCGGAGAUCUAGCAUAACGCAUUCGUUACGUAUGCAUGUUUUAACGCAUCUUUGGCGCGAUUGCAUGAAUCGUGAGCUUUGUAAAUCGAUAGGUUGUUCGCAAACACGUUGACCUAACUACCCGUGUGCCGACUACGCAGGGCCGUAGCUAUCGCACGGUGGCAAUCUUGGCAGCGACCCUCAUAUCGGCUACGAAAUUCUUCUAUCAGAUACGAAAUUCAUUGCCAAAAACGCUAACCGUUUGUAGUUUUGCCCCCAUCCUCCACCCCACUAGACAUCCCGAGUUAGCUACGGCCCUGCUAGCGGAAAACUGUUGAAAUGUGAUAUCGUGGAACUGGAGAAAUAAGUUAACGCACGAGCUAAGAAAUCGCUUGCUUUGAGCCAGGGGUCGCCAUCUAUUGUGGUAAAGGUAUGAAAGAAGACGUAUGGAAUUUAUGGCGUUAUAGUCUGUAAUAUCGGUAGAUUUAAUUUACGAUUAAUAUAUUUGUUCAGCUCAUGUAACACACACAUUUACACCCUUAGACCGAGGUUACAUUCAAUAGUAAAAGCGUGUAGAUUUAUGUAAUAUAAUUGGAUUUAAUGCAACUAUAUAUAUACUGCAUCAAAAUGUAAAUGAGCGAGGGUUCCAUAUACACAUAACACAUACAUAUAUAUAUACAUAAUAAACACAUUCGUAAUUCCUGUGAAAAAUACGUGUUAUUGCGAACUAUGAAUACAAGUGUGGAUCAUGACUGACAUCCACAACCAGAUAAACUUGUAUAGUCUAAUUAUGAAAGCAUUAGUUUCCUUGUACAUACUAUACAUAUAGAAUAUCAUUAUUAUAAAUGACUCACAUAUUACUUGUAUACUGCUAGUUGAAUUCCUUA